GCACUUAGAACAACUCGCUCAAGUCGUCAUUCGUGAAGAUAGUCCGCUCCUGCUAACUCAACCAGUAUGGCAUCCCCGAGGCCAGAUAAACCCAGAGCCUGCCUUGUCCCGAACUACUACGAAGGUUACUUAGAAAAGAUAGAGAAUAAAAGCCAGAAAUACAAGAGGUACUGGGCUAUGCUGAGAGGGAACGAGUUAUUCUUCCAGGUGACCAGCAGGGAUCCAAUGUAUAUUGAGAAAAUCAAUCUUGAAGACUUCAUGUCUGUGGAAGACGAUAAAAUCUAUAAUAAUAACCGACAACACGUCAUGAUAUUGAAGAUGAAAUCUGGAGACAUAAAGUUAAAGGCAGAUACUUUAGAGGCCCUAGAUCAAUGGAGAAGCUUCAUUCACACAGUUACAAAGCUUGAGAUUUCCAACCAGGUUCUCCUCCCUGGACAGAUUCGGAGACUUCAGGAGGUACUUGAGCAGGAGACAAAACGACGCCGAAUGUUAGUGUCCUCUCCACCACCCCUGCCACCACCACGAUCAACAACUCCAGAGCUUGAUCAAAACAACUACGAAGAUGUAGAAAACGACCGUCUGAGCUGUUUCCAUGAAGUCUCAAGGAUGGAAGCUGAGAACCUGCUGGCAAAAAACAAAGAAUUUGGAAAUCUGUUAAUGAGACCCAGCCGUGGUGACCAGAACCUAGCCAUUACAACACGACAAGUAAUCAACAACAUGGCAAUCGUAAACCACUACCGGAUAAAUUGUUUGGACAGUGGUUACAUCAUUGACAUUGAUGAUGGAAUCUUGUGCAACAGUAGACAGGAGAUCAUCGACUAUUUUAUUCAACAGACCAAAGGAAUUCUGAAGCCUUUAGAAAUACCGGAGGACUACGAAAUUAAUCUGAGUAUUGUGGUGGAAGACGCUGAAAGUGGAGAACUGAUUCAUCAGAAGCUGCCUACAAGCCCAAAAUUAGAAACUAAGACAACACCUCAACAAGUUAAAAGGAAACUAAAUCCAAAGAAGCCUGCAAUUAUCGAACCAAAAACAUGUAGCCUCGACAACAAUGGAAUGGCUAAGGAAAAACCACGAACAUAUCUAAAAAUUGAGCCACAAGCAAAGCCUUCUCAGCCCGUCAAUCUUCAUGGAUUAAUGCAGGAUGUUAACGAAGAGCUCAGCAAAAUGUUCGAGCAGAAAAGGGCAGCAAAUAGUGACUGAGAGACUUCCUGCGCGGGUCCAUUUUCUUUCAUGAAU